AUGUUCAGAAAAUUCACAAAGGAAGACGUCCAUUCACGUUCAAAAGUUAAAUCUUCCAUUCAAAGAACAUUGAAGGCCAAACUCGUGAAGCAGUAUCCAAAACUGGAAGACGUUAUUGACGAACUAAUUCCUAAAAAAAGUCAAAUUGAGUUGAUCAAAUGUGAAGACAAAAUUCAAUUGUAUACCGUUGAUGGUGAAGUUCUUUUUUUCCAAAAAUUCGAUGAGCUGAUUCCAAGCCUAAAAUUAGUACAUAAAUUUCCAGAAGCUUAUCCGACUGUUCAGGUUGAUAGAGGUGCCAUUAAAUUUGUUCUCUCAGGUGCUAACAUUAUGUGCCCUGGUUUAACAUCUGCGGGUGCUGACUUGCCAUCCGCUCCAGGUUACGAGAAAGGUACGGUUGUAGCUAUCAAUGCUGAAAAUAAAGAAAAUGCAUUAGCUAUUGGUGAACUGAUGAUGAGUACCGAAGAGAUUAAGUCUAUAAACAAAGGCCAUUCCAUAGAACUGAUUCACCACCUGGGCGAUCCUUUAUGGAAUUUCAGCGUUGAGUAA